AGUUAUGGGAAUCGAAUGGAGAUUACGAUGUUUCAGUUUUUAGCCUAAACACGUUUAAAUGUUUUAUAUUUUAUACGUGUGUUUUUGAUUUCUGUCGUUUAACGUGUAACUCAUCCACAAAACUUCCCUUAUUCAACGUCAUGAGGAUGAUUCAUUAUUUAAGGUGCGAACGAGUGAGAGAGAAAAUCCUCAGACGUUGUUGCGGCACCGACGCAGUGGCGCUGUGAAGUCUACGUUGUUGAUUGAAUAUUAUUUUAGUUUUUAAUUAAUUUUUUAGAAAAUUAUUAACAACGAGAUGUCCAAAACUGUAAUCCUAAACGGACCCGCUCCCUGGGGCUUUAGACUUGUUGGUGGAAGGGACUUCAGUACACCUUUAACAAUAUCUAAGAUAACAUCUGGAAGUAAGGCUGAGCAGGCCAAGCUGAAGCUCGGAGAUGUUAUCCUGGCCAUCAAUGGAGACAGCACAGAGAGUAUGAACCACAUGGAGGCUCAGAACCGCAUCAAGGGCAGUUCUGAUCACCUAGCACUGGACAUCAGCAGGUCAAAAGAAACAAGCGGCUCUCCAUUAGUGACUGAGGAUGACAAAACAAAGCCAUGCGAUGUUAUGGAGUCUGAAUCUAAGAAUUUCAGGCCAAUUGGAAGUGGGUGCCAUGGAAAAGUGGCCCAGAACGGCCCAGAUGUGACUCUCUGCAGCAGAAACUCCAGGUUGCCCCCCCAGUGCAAUAGUCCUGCUGGGCUUUACUCACACGGAAGCAGUGGUUUACCAAAGCAAAUGGCCGACCUCAGCCUCAGCUCCCAGAGCGAUGGAACGUUCAAUGGCGAGUCAGACGUCUUUAAAAUGCUGCAGGAGCCUGAAGAGCCGCCGAUGGCGCCGAAACAGUCUGGCUCAUUUCUCUACCUCCAGGGCAUGCUCGAAGCAGAAGAGGGAGGUCGUUUGCCGAGAGGGCAGCUGGCUGGGGGCACGAAGUCUUCCGUCAGGUCGCCGGUGCCCCACCUUAGCCCCAAACCCAGUGUGCAGCCACUGCCUCAGUGUACCCGCUGUGCAAAGAAUAUCGUCGGCGUGAUCGUAAAGGCCAGAGACAAUCUGUAUCACUCCGAGUGCUUCCUGUGUGAUGACUGUGGAAUGAACCUGAAGAAGAAGGGCUAUUUUAUCAUCGAGGAGAGUCUGUACUGUGAGACCCAUGCCAAGGCCCGCGUCCAGCCCCCCGAGGGGUACGACGUUGUCGCGGUCUACCCCAACGCCAAAGUGUAGCUGGUUUCAGUCGGUGUUUGUUAAAAUAUGUGCCUUAGUUUAUGAAUUUUCUGCAAGGUAUGUACAAAAAUUGAUUGUGACAAGAAUGGAUGGUCGUAACAGAAGGAUUUAGUAGAAGUUUCACAUCUCAUAAUCUCUCACCUGCAUUAUUACUGGCAUGGUUUUUGAUGGGUUAAACAUGUAACAGUUUCCAUGAAGAGUUUCCACACAGCCGUAAGGGUAUGGGGUUCUUAGAUUCUUUUUUAUUGUUGUAUGAUAUAUUUGUUUAAAUGUUUAAAUUGCAUUGCUCUUCUUCAUUUAAACAUUGCACUGGGGAAAUCUGGGUCACUGCUUUGAAGGAAAAGGUUCUGUCACCAUUAUUUCUUCUUUGUUGCAUUAAAAUACAUUCUGAGUCCUCAGUUGUAUCAUUGUAGUAACUGAAACAUGGGUAUUAAUAGCAGCAGCAGACUUAAUGUUGUGUUUCUUAGUUACUCUGCUCUAGCUGCUGUUUUAUGAAACAGCAAUAGUCCUGUAAUUUCUUACACUGUUGCUUUUUCUUUUUAAAAUUGGUUGUGUAAAUGACUCCGCAUUCUGCAGUAGCUCUUGCAAAAGUACUUUUGGGAGAUAUUAUUGCCCUGGGGUGUCUGCAAUUGAAAUUGAUUUAUAUUUUAUGCAAUUACUCCAAAGGUCAAAAAUGAAAUAAAUUAGAUUUUUGCCCAAAAGUUUCAAAAA